GGUUACUUUUAUUCCAACUCCAACCUUCCCCUGCAUUUUCUCCUCACAGGUGCUAAAUCUCUGGACUAUAAAUUCACAGUCACUCCUAAUGGGCAACCAUGGUGUGAAAUUCAAGGCCAGGUCAAUGGAAACACAUUUCUUCAUUAUACCUGUGGUAGCCAGGAGGUCAAACUCUUCAGUGUUCUGGAUGUGAAUGCUACACAGGCCUGGAAUCAGCAGAGAGACACUCUGCAAGAUGUAGUGGAGGAGCUCAAGAAGACCCUGCUUGACAUUAAAGCAGAGAUUACUGCACCCAGAGGUCCUCUCUCCCUGCAGAGCAGCAUGAUGUGUGAGCAGGAAUCCAAUGGACGCACCGGAGCAUCCUGGGAGUUUGGAUUGGAUGGACAGAUAUCUGUCCACUUUGACCCAAGGAAUGGAAACUGGGCAGUGCUGCACGGUGAAGGCAGAGUGUUAAAGCAAACAUUGGCGAGUGACAAAGAUAUGACCAAUCUCCUUGCUAGGACCUCAGUUGGAGACUGUAGGAAGUGGCUUAAAGAAGUUUUGUGUCCCCUGAGCACAAAAGCUGCAUCAACCACUGCCACAGCAACAGUCCCGUCCAAGGCCAACACGCCCAUCACUUCAAUUCUCCCUGUGAUCCUCACCUGCUCGAUCAUCAUUGGCACCUUAGGCUGGGGCUUUUAUGGUAACAGGUAUUGAGGGCUUAAUUAUGUGGGAAAUGAGGGACAGAAGGCCUGGGGUGAGGACAGGGAAAGAUGAAUUCCAGCCUGACCCCUGACCCCGCC